AUGGUUCUGGACAUGGAGGCACUGCGGUGUUCCCUCCAGAACAAGCCGUUCUGCACUAAGGAAAAGUCUCUGCUUCAGAUGAUCCAACAGUUUGAGGCCAUCCAACUUCAACAGCAGAACCUGCUUGAGACAGCGAGAGGCCUUAUGACAUUCAACCUGAAGGUUCGUUUCUCCGAAGAAAGACGCGACGCUAUAGACAUCGCCGUGGAGGCCAAGCCCUUCGACACAGUUUCGGCCGUUAUCGAGCGGCUUGCAAGUAGCCUCAGAGUUCCUUUCAGACGACGCAGCAUCGCCAAG